AUGGAUCCCGGUCACGAACCAGCGAGCGGAGAUGCGAAGUCCCCAAGGAAAAGAACAUGGUCCGCAGAGUUUACGGACCAGCCGUACAGCAGCUUCAACCAAGGUCCCAGGACAACUGAGCGUCCAUUGACCGGCACAUCACCCGACGCCGAAACCGGAAGUAAAAGGCCCAGAAUGUCGAAAAUGGUACCAGGUGGUACCCGCCCAGGACAAUAUGAAGACAUUGUCCUGCGCGAUCCGUUGACGCUGGUGGAUUUGCCUCAUGAAAUCCUGCAGCAUAUUUUCACUUUUGUUGAUCCUGUUUCCCUCGGGCGCUUGAUUCGUGUCAAUCGCUCUUUCCGUUCGCUUCUUGAUCCCACAACAUCUUUACCCCAAGCCUCUGGCCAGGUAAAGCACUUGACAAUCCGGAGUCAGGAUCUAAUUUGGGCCACGUCACGAAAAACAUUCCUCCAAGGAUUCCCCAAACCGAUGGAUGAUAUGACCGAGCUCGAAAUGUGGAGACUCGUCCGAGGCCGUUUCUGUCAAUACUGCGGCAAAAAGACUAGAAAAGGAGAUCAAUCUUUGAUAUCCUCGCCAUGGACGGCCGGACCUGGACCGGAGACCAUUCGCACCAUUUGGCCGUUUCGCGUCAAGUCUUGUGGGAGUUGUUUGGAGCCCAGACUCAUCAAGGAAACCGAACUGCUCUUUUCGAGCGUUUCGGUCUUAAAGCCCGGACUACCGUUCGCAAUCUUUACCUCGGACCUCAACUAUAUCCCCUUUGUCGUCUUACAGCAGGCGGAGCCUCCACCCCGGCUAACCCUUGUUAAGUAUUAUUUCAAACCUCAACUUGAGGAACUUCAAUCUCGACUGAAUGGUGCUCAAGCACUUGGAAUUCCGGCGGCAGAAGAAUGGUAUAAAGGCCUGGAGAGCACGGGACAACAGCAGAAUGCCGAUGCUGCCCGUUUUGACCAAUGGGAACUUCAAGGAGGCCUUUCAAGGAUAUCUGUUACGAGUCAGGGGCAUCCCACCAAUAUUAUCUCCUCUCCCGAAGUUGGUUUUGGCCGUGGAUAUCGGGCCCAUCCAGUCGAAUCAUCUUAUCAAGCUCAGCAAGCAUCGACGCCUCCAGCCACCUCGUCUGGCUAUUAUUCUCCCAGGCCACCUAACCCCAUUAAAAAGUCGCACGGGUUACCGGAAAACCAACAGGCCUCCAUGGCCUUGCAAUCGUUCCCACCAGUUCCAGGCCAGCAGAUAUCCGGUACCACCGGAAGCGUCCACAAACAGGAUCCCUCCAGCCCCAUUUCAAUGCGGCCCCCUUCACGUCAGAGAAUGGAACGAAGUCAGCAAGAUGCAGAACAAAUCAAGGCCCAACGUCGCAGGGAGAUCGAGAGACGAUGCCAGGCACUGGAACCACCGAUCAUGCCUUCAACUUUGACUUAUAUGGAAUCGUUCCAGGCGGCAAUCAAAAUCUCCCAACCCCUGAACGACAAAGCCUGGGAGAUUUUGAAACCACGCCUUCUUAUGCAACGUCUAGAAGCUGAGCAUAAAGAGAAAAUUCACAAUGCUUCCCUGGGCAACCCGGCAAUACAGCUCGAGAAGCUUCGACAAUUACAAGAAGAACAGCGAGUAGCUGAACAAAAUGUCCAUCAUAUGUGGCUCGAAUUGAAGGUUCCCAGCCGGGAUAAACUCCAAAAAUAUGCCCGAGAGUUCAUUCACCAAACCUGGUCGGACGGGCAUGGCGUUACCAAAUUCACUGCUAGUAAGUUUGCGGCCGAGGUUCUCUGCCAUGUGCGGCAACGAUUCGAUGAGGCAAUUACCCAGGAAGAUGCAAUGCUAAAACUGAAAGGGACAGCCUUUCCCCAGGACCCAGAAUCUCUAGCUUGCAGGAAAUUAAGACUGGACGAUAUGAAGUGGGCCUUUGAGGAGUUUGUGAAACCGCAUACCGAACGAUUUGGAAAGGAACUUUUUCUCUGCAGAGUCUGCGACGCGAACCAAAAACUCUUCUCAUUUGAAGCAGUCAUCCAGCACUACGCCGCAAAACAUACCAGCGCACUGAGCCAUGGCAAUGCCGUGGUUUAUUGGAAGUCUGAUUGGCCUUCCGAACCGCCGUUUGAUCCCUCUCCAAACAUUCCAUGGAUCCACGAGGGAAUCCAGAGCAUCAGUCCAAACUUUCCGCGGCCCGCGUCUCCGUCAUCCAAAGCCUGGUCUCCUACGGUGGAAAUCAGGUCAUCGACCGUCGGUGGAUACCAGAAUCAAGCCAACGAAGUUGCUGCAUUAGCUGUCGAGUUUUGGCAGAGAACCGAUGGCAUUCGGGACCUUUCGAACCCGGUUCGACUUUUCAUUGUUAUUCAACAUAUCAACUUGAGGUUUUUGAAGAAAUUCAGUGAUGAGCCUGGUUUGCCUCUGUUUGCCGAUGCCGUCACAAAUCGCCCUGAACUGCAGCCUCUGCGGGGACUUUCAGAUCUGCGGUGCAAAAUCUGCUCUAAUGCCUCCAGGGCAGUGUCUAUGGAGAGAAAUGGGCUGGCCGAGAACUGGUAUUCUCUCCCCCAAUUGUUGAAUCACUUUCAGCAGGCCCACUUGGACAUUGAUGCCUCGAGUAGUGGACUUGGCGGUCUGCCAUUGUCGUCCAGGGCAACUCUGGAGUCGGCGAGGUUGGACUGGAAGCAAGACAUGAUAUGGUUGCCAAGCGAGGCAGCCAUCAGACCUCUCCUUCAUUUACCCGGAGUCGACCAGGACAAGUUGCAAAUUAUAGCAGAAGCAUUUCCCAGCUAUUUUCCACCCUAUAUUGUUCGGACCCGACAAUUUGCCCACCAGAACGACUCUCAGGUUCCUUUCGCACAGGAACAGCCAUUUGUGGAACGUGUGCGUCCGGGUACUGGCCAUGGUAGCAUUCGGAGUGGUGGCCCUAGAUCCCAUAUCGCCAAGUCUGAAGGCUCGGUCCAUGCCAUGGAAGAUGAAUAUGACCCCUGGCCCCCCAGACCUGCAGUUCCACGUCGAUAUCCGCAAGAAAGAUAUUUCAUGUCCUCUUCACCCAGAGACGGCGCACGAUACCGAGCUGUGUCUUACUACCCAGCUCGAUCUCCAGUGCGUCGGGAAUACCAUUAUCCAGAAUCUGAGUAUGAACCAGUCUGGGAGGUGCGGGAUCGAGAGAUGCCGUUUUCUCAUGAUUCGGUGGUCCAUUCUUACGGUGAUGGAUCCUCCAGGUUUUCAUACCGUGAGCCUCUAGCUAUAAACAGCGGGACGACGGUCGGAGUAGUUUCUGAAUCCCGGCCCGGGAGCAAGGCGACAAGUCGACGUUCAUUGCAACAAGCGGGAGAAUCAGAAACAGGAAUAUCGCUCAGUCGAGCGGAAGGCCAACGAAGUGGACCGGAUGAGGCGGGUUCAAGUGCAGCAGCGGAUUUUCUCAAUAACUUCGAUCCGAUGGCUGGUGAAGAAGUUACCAGGAAUGAAGUCGUUGAAAACGACUCUGUCAGCCGUCAGGCCGAGCGUCAGGCUUUCGACAUACCCAGGCCACGGUCGGUUAGUGACCCAUCCCAGCAGAAUCAGUCCCCUUUUCGUACCGGUACACGUAUCGACGACCAAACCUCCACCCAUCAGAGACGUACACCUUCUUUACCGAUUCGGGAGAGCGGGCGGCCCGGUUUAGCCAGCGGCGAAUAUCAAAGCCGCAAUGGCUAUAGCUCGACUUUUCCACAUGGUGCUAGUGAAGAUGGCGCAGGAGUCCACCGUGGCAGGGCCGUUGAUUGUGAACACCUCGAGCGUCUCCCUGAACGACCGCAUAGAAUUCGAUUUGAAGACGAGAGCGGAACAGUGCAAGAAAGGGUAGUGGCAUACGCAAACCCUCCAUAUGAAAGGCGUUAUUAUUAUGAGGACGAAUAUGAUCGGGCCCGACGACGAUACGAGCCUAUCGGACAAGCCCCCAUGGAGCAGUAUCCACCUCGAAUGGACGAGGCGACUCGCCGUUACCUUGAGAACCCAGACCAGGAGGGCCGAAGACACAUGGAUGACUCGCGAUAUCUAGAGCGAGGUGCCGACCGCGAGGAUUAUGUACAGGCCGUUCCCAGAGACUAUCGGAUGGUUGGCGAUUACGACGGUUUUGAGCAUCCUCCCGAGCAACAUGUUGAGUUCGUGGAGCACAACGAUCGCUACGCUCGCGCAGAGCCGUUUGAACCGGGACAGCAAAUGCGCGUGGCCGCCGGCGACAAUCGAGACUUUAUGUAUAAGCGAGUGGAUCGGCGGAGGCGAUAUGCGCCUCGCUGA